AUGCUGUGGAUAUUUUGUUAUUUCCUUGUCUGUGUUUCGUUCACCAACCUUGAAACUGCUGAGGAUCAAUGCAGGUCAGAAGUUGAUAUUCGUGGCAUGGCUCUCAAAGGUUUCGUUCUAAAGAGGAUGACAGUAGCAGCUCCUCAUAUCUGUGAUAUCUUAUGUGAAAGGGAAACUAUCUGUCAGAGCUAUAAUUUCAACAGAAAAGAACAGAUCUGUGAAUUAAACCAUCGCACAAAGGACGCGAGACCCGAGAAUUUUCGCUCAGACCCAGCGUGGUUUUAUAUUCGCCGUUUGAACGGAAGAGCUCCCUUGGGUUCGAUUCCGGAGUUACCAGCACGUUCAUGCCACGAGAUAAAAGCAAGCGAAGGGAAAGACACUGUAAGCAACAAAUACUGGCUGGAUCCAUCUGGCACUGGGAAGGCAGUUUUGGUUUACUGUGAUAUGUAUUUAGAAGAUCAUGAUGAAUGCCUUAGUGGAAAAAAUGCCUGUGACGUCAAUGCAUACUGCACCAACACUGCGGGUUCCUAUUACUGUACCUGCAAGGGGGGAUACACUGGCAAUGGACGCUCGUGUUCAAAUAUAAACGAAUGCGCUGACAGCACACCCGAUUGUGAUGUGAACGCUGUGUGUAACAAUAUCUUGGGAUCUUAUAAGUGCAUGUGUGAAGACGGAUUUCAUGGAAAUGGAACUAACUGCACCGAUAUUGACGAAUGUACUGACGGAAUACACAACUGUGAUGUGAACGCUGAGUGUAACAAUACCCUGGGAUCUUACAAAUGCUCGUGUAAAGAUGGAUUUCAUAGAAAUGGAACCAACUGCACAGAUGUAGAUGAAUGUGCUGACAGAAUACACAACUGUAAUGUGAAUGCCGAUUGCAACAAUACCCUGGGAUCUUACAAGUGCUCGUGUAAAGACGGAUUUCAUGGAAAUGGAACUAACUGCACGGAUAUAGAUGAAUGUGCUGACAGAAUACACGACUGUGAUAUGAAUGCUGAGUGUAACAAUAUCCUGGGAUCUUAUAAGUGCACGUGUGAAGACGGAUUUCAUAGAAAUGAAACGAACUGCACAGAUAUCGACGAAUGUACUGACGGAAUACACAACUGUGAUGUGAACGCUGAGUGUAACAAUACCCUGGGAUCUUACAAAUGCUCGUGUAAAGAUGGAUUUCAUGGAAAUGGAACUAACUGCACAGAUAUGGAUGAAUGUGCUGAUAAAACACACGACUGUGAUAUGAAUGCCGAUUGCAACAAUACCCUGGGAUCUUACGAGUGCUCGUGUAAAGAUGGAUAUCAUGGAAAUGGAACUAACUGCUCGGACACAGAUGAGUGUUUCGAUGGAAUACACGAUUGUGAUGUGAAUGCCGAGUGCAACAAUACCCUGGGAUCUUACAAGUGCGCGUGUAAAGAUGGAUUUCAUGGAAAUGGAACCAACUGCAGAGGAUUUACAGCUGUUUUUACAACCCUCAAUGCGAGUGAAGGUGGUAAGGGUCCAGUCUCAAUUGGGAGCCACUACACAGGUCAGGAUCAUGACGGACAAAUUACACUAUUUAGUGGUAUUCAGCAGUGGACUGUGCCACACACUGGUGAAUACAGAAUAGAAGCAAUAGGAGCCCCAGGGGGGUACGGUAAAAACAGCGUUAUUAAAAAUGGAGGAAGAGGAGCGAGAAUGAUUGGAAACUUUAAUUUGACCAAAAAAGAGAACAUUCGUAUACUUGUUGGUCAAAAGGGGAGUCAAGCGAAGUCGUCCAGCAACUCAAAUGCCGGAGGUGGUGGAGGUACAUUUGUAGUAAGAGGAAGCAAUACGCCUUUGAUUAUAGCUGGAGGUGGAGGGGGAGUUAAAAAAAUGUCAGGACAAAAUCCAGGAUGUGAUGCGUCCAUAAGCGCAACAGGGAAUGCAGGGAACAACUCGCCUUUAGGGUCCGGAGGAAGCAACGGAAAUGGAGGAAAAACAAGUGGUCAAUCUCCAGGUGGUGGAGGUGGCGGCUUCUUCAGUAAUGGAAAGACUGUUAGUGGUGGGGGAAAAGGAGGAAAAGGAGGUAAAGGAUAUAUUCAGGGAGGAGAGGGUGGAGCGUAUUGGGGUGGAUUCGGAGGUGGCGGUGGUUUUCGUGGAGCCGACAACGGAGCUGGUGGUGGCGGUGGUUACUCUGGGGGAAAUGGAGGUGGGAAUAAAGCUUUUUCCUGCGGGGGAGGGGGGGGAUCUUUUAACAUUGGGGCAAAUCAGCUAAACGAAUGUUGUUAUAAUAGCGAUGAACAUGGUAGAGUGAUCAUCACAUUUCUUCAACAGAAUAACAAAAUGUUACGAAAGGCCGCUGGAAAGCCUUCACUCUUUACCGUGCUAUUCAUGACUCAAAUGUUCCAGAGCAUUACCAGCCACCAGUGUGGAGCCGGCAUUCACUCCAUUUUUCAAAAGAUGCUCAGGGGCCACACCUAUAUGACGAUUGAGAGCCAAGCCGGUACCGUCGCGCUGGAAUGCAGGGAAGCUUGUCACGCUGAUUUCAGAUGUCAAAGCUAUAACAUCGUUAUACUUAAUUCAAAGUGCGAGUUAAACAACCGGACCAAAGAGGCCAGACCUGAGGACUUUGUCAAAGACAAAGACAGAUACUACAUGGCGAGAAACUCAAAACGAAUCCCUCUCGGCUCUAUUCCUGAGCUGCCUGCCUAUUCGUGCCGAGAGAUUAAGGCGAGUGAAGGAGGACAAUCAGUCAGCGGUACAUACUGGUUGGAUUCCACCAGGUCUGGGAACUCUAUUCUAGCUCACUGUGACAUGAAAACAGAAGUCGCAGAUUACUGCAUUCAACACCGGUGCCAAAACAAUGCCAGGUGCAUAAACCAUCACGUGAACUACACGUGUGCCUGUAACUCAUCCGGGUGGACUGGAAACUUCUGUGAGCAAGAUGUCAACGAAUGCAAGAAAGGUCUACAUGGAUGCCAUGCUGACGCCACGUGUAACAACACUGAGGGUUCUUACAAUUGCUUCUGCAAAGUAGGAUUUGCCGGGGACGGAAGAAACAGCUGCAUAGAGUUUAAAGCUGUCUUUACAAACCUUGGUUCGACUGCAGCUGGUGGCCCAAGCUCAAUUGGCAGUCACUAUACAGGGCAAGAUCAUGACGGACAAGUUACCGUGUCCAGCGGUAUUCAAUUGUGGACUGUGCCAUACACUGGAGAAUAUAGAAUAGAAGCAAUAGGAGGUGCAGGGUGGUACGGUAAGGACAGUGUCGUCCAGAACGGAGGAAGAGGAGCCAAGUUGACCGGAAACUUUAUUUUGACCAAAGAUGAGAUCAUCCGUAUACUUGUUGGACAUAAAGGAAAAAGAGGGCCUAACUCCAAAACAACUACAGGAGGCGGGGGAGGUACAUUUGUGGUGAGAGGAAGCAAUACGCCUUUAAUCAUAGCUGGAGGUGGAGGGGGGAUUAAAAAUAUGUCAGAACAACAUUCAGGAUGUGAUGCAUCCCUAAGCACCACAGGGAAUGCAGGGUACUCCUCGCCAUUGGGGUCAGGGGGAACUGGCGGAAAUGGAGGAGGUAGCGCUGGUAAUAGGCCAGGUGGCGGCGGCGGCGGCUUUUACGGUAAUGGGGGAGGAGGAGGUAAAGGUGGUAAGGGAUUUCUGAACGGUGGAAAGGGUGGAACGUAUAACGGUGGGUUCGGAGGUGGCGGCAGUAAUCCAGCUUACUCUGGGGGAGCUGGCGGCGGUGGAGGUUACUCUGGGGGAGCUGGAGGUACUAAUGAAGAUCCCUCUUGUGGUGGAGGAGGAGGAUCUUUCAACAGUGGAACAAAUCAGGAAAAUGAAUGUUGUCAUAAUACGGCUGGAAAUGGUAGAGUGACUAUCACCUUGAUCGAGUGAUCAAUGCAACAAUUUUUAAACAAAACAUAAUUGUGGUAUUUCACACAAUCUUAUAAUUCUCAAUAUCAUGACAAAUUACGGCUUCUGUUAUAU